CCAGGUGAUCUCCCUGGACCUACGGUCGAAGUGGCGAGGGGAAGCUGGCGGUGACGGGCCGGAGGAGGCCGGGGACCGGGCGGAGGAGCUGCGAUACACCCACAUGCUAAACCGGGUGCUGCCCGCUGAUAUCCGGGCACUGGCCUGGGCCCCUGUGGGCCCAGACUUCAGCGCCCGCUUCAGCUGCCUGCACCGCACCUACCACUACUACUUCCCGGGCGCUGGCCUGGCGCUGGGCCCCAUGGACCAGGCCGCCCGCCUCUUCGAGGGCACACAUGACUUCCGCAACCUGUGCAAGAUGGACGUGGCCAACGGCGUGACCAGCUUCCGGCGCACGGUGCUGAGGGCGAGGGUGGAGGUGCUGCCUGGGGAGGGCCAAGCCGCUCCCGGGGCCGGGCCUUCGGCCUAUGGCAUGUGCCGGUUCGAGGUGCGAGGCCAGGCCUUUCUCUACCACCAGGUGCGGUGCAUGGCCGCGGUGCUGCUGCUUAUCGGGCAGGGGCUGGAGGAGCCCGGGGUCAUCGCUGAGCUGCUGGAUGUGGAGAGGAACCCCUGCAAACCGCAGUACAGCAUGGCGGUGGAUUACCCCCUGGUCUUGUAUGACUGCGCCUACGAAAACCUGGAGUGGAUUGUCGACCCAGAUGCUCAGAGCUUCACUGUGUCCAAUCUCCACACCAUGUGGACUCAGCAUGCCAUCAAAACCCGGAUCUUGUACUCGAUGCUCCAGGGAUUGGGACAGGCGCCAAGCGUGGAAGAACCAGGAUCCGGGAGGGACCCCCUGCGGGACGGGGCGCCGCUCCCGGAGGCGACGGCUGGCCAGGCGGACGCGCUGACGGAGGGCGUCAGGCCCCGGCGGUACAAGAGGCUGCUGGAGCGGGAGCGCUGUGAGGGCCUGGAGUCUCGCAUCCGCCACUACGCCAAGAGGGGGCGCAUCGAGCUGCCGGGGGCCAUGCGGGAGGCCGGCGAGGGGCAGGAGGACGGGUAUCGGAGCGAGGACGGCGCCACCCCAGCCCUCCGUCUCCCUCCGAGGUGAGGGGGGAGGGGAGAAGAGUUGGAGAGCAGUGGACUUAUUGGCGAGACCCUGCCCUGCGGGUCCGAGAUCCCCGGGGAUGGGUGGAACAGACUCCGGUUCGGACUGAAUUCGUUGCCUCGGUCAAUAAAAGGGACUUUUUUUUUUC